GCCGGGGGCAGCGCGGGGCCCUGUUUACCCCGCGGCUCCCGCUCGGGCACGUCCCGGCACGGGCGGGCAGCGCCUCUGGACAGCCUGUGCCCGACUUGUUUACCGGCCCUCCCCGGCGCUCACCGCCGUGUGACAGGUGCUGUCCCGACACCCGACACCCGACACCGCGACAGCGACCCGCGUGACGGCAGAUAUGGAUAAAUAUCGGGGCCGGCGGUGCCGGCGGCGAGAGCGCUGAGAGGAGAGCACUGCCGAGCCCAUGGACUUCCAAGCCGGAAUCCUGCAGGAUGGCAGCCCCAUGGAGAGCCUGGAGAAGCAGCUCAUCUGCCCCAUCUGCCUGGAGAUGUUCAGCAAGCCCGUGGUGAUCCUGCCCUGCCAGCACAACCUGUGCCGCAAGUGCGCCAACGACGUCUUCCAGGCUGCCAACCCGUACUGGCAGAGCCGGGGCUGUUCGAUUUCGGGGGGCCGGUUCCGGUGCCCCUCGUGCCGCCAUGAGGUGCUGCUGGACCGCCACGGUGUCUACGGGCUGCAGAGGAACCUGCUGGUGGAGAACAUCAUCGACAUCUACAAGCAGGAGUGCUCCAGCAGGCCACUGAAAAAGGGGGAGCACCCCAUGUGCAAGGAGCACGAGGACGAGCGGAUCAACAUCUACUGCGUCACCUGCGAGGUCCCCACCUGCUCCAUGUGCAAGGUGUUCGGUGCCCACAAGGACUGCGAGGUGGCCCCUCUGGAAAGCGUCUUCCAGGGCCAGAAGACUGAGCUGAACAACUGCAUCUCCAUGCUCGUGGCGGGGAAUGACCGCAUCCAGACCAUCAUCUCCCAGCUGGAGGACUCCUGCCAGAGCACCGAGGAGAACAGCGAGGCGGCCAAGAGGGAGCUCUGUGCUCGCUUUGACGCCCUGGCGGCGCUGCUGGAGGAGAAGAAGGCGGAGCUGCUGCAGCGCAUCUCGCAGGAGCAGGCGGACAAGACCGCCUUCAUCCAGAGCCUCAUCUGCCAGUACAAGGAGCAGCUGGAGAAGUCGGGCCGGCUGGUGGAGACAGCCAUCCAGGCAGCCGAGGAGACCGGGGGGGCCGCCUUCCUCAUGAAUGCCAAGCAGCUCAUAAAAACGAUCGUGGAGGCCUCCAAGGGUGCUCGCCUGGACAAGAUCGAGCCGGGCUAUGAGAGCAUGGAUGCCUUCUCCGUGAGCCUGGAGCACCUCACCGAGGCCGUCCAUGCCCUGGACUUCGACCCGGAGGAAGAUGAGGAAUACUUUGAUGGGGAGGAAGAAGAGGUGGAAGAGAGCGCAGCGCCUGAGAGGACGGUGAUGGCUUCCCUGUAGCCACAGCAACGUUCCCGGCGCGGGAGAAACCCUCCUGGGCACAGGAUGGGAGAAACCCCUGGGCACAGGAUGGGAGAAACGCCCCCGGGCACAGAAUGGGAGAAACCCCCCGGGCACAGGAUGGGAGAAACCCCCCGGGCACAGGAUGUCCGGCGAUGGAUUUGGGAUGGGGGGGACACUCGGCAGGGACCUGGCCAGCCGGCGCCUGCCCCAGCACAGGACACUUUUCUAUACGGGUGCAAACAGGACAAUUCCGCACGUUUUGUAAUUCCCUUGUUUUGUAUAUAAUUGUCACGGAUUUGAAAUUUGUGUAUUUUGUAAAGAAAACCGGUGCUUUGGGUGGUCAUUUUCUUCCUCGC